GAGCUUAAUGACCGGCUCUAAAUGAGUGUCGCUUGUUCUGGCCAUAGAUUGGCGAUGCGACACAAAGUAACUUGAGUAUUUCUAUUGAUCUGCAGGAGUUCCCCUCCUCCAACUCCGAUGCCUACAUCCCCUUGGCAUCUAUGGAUCACCGCGGCUCCCUUUUCUUCUUUUUGUUCGUCCUAUAUCUUCUCCUGAGCUCGCAGUCUCGUUCGCCCUUGGUAUCUCAAGAUGGGGAGCAUCAGCGGGAACUGGAAAGGGAGCGGGAUGCCCUUCGCCUCUUGAACGAGACUCAAUAUGGAGAUUUUGACCCGGGAGCCGAUAAAUGGUUGCCUUUUCCAGGCGUCCGCAAGAACGACAGUUAUGCCUGGGACCUUCUCCCUGAUGUUCAGGACAGAGCCCGGUCUCAACUGCGGUCUGUCAUGACUGAGGCAGGCCUCCGACCUCCCAAGUCCCUUGCAGUGUCUGACGCACUUUCGGAUCUCAACCUGACGCAACUGUCGCUGCCGGUCUACCACAAUGCGACAGGGAAGCUGCGCGGCGAAUGGGUGCGCCGCAAGCAGGACAAGCCACAUCCUCCGCUCAACAAGACUGCUAUCAUUCAAGAAAACGAGUACUUCACGCAUGAGUUCAGCCAGAAUGUCACCGGCAACAGUGGCACAUUCUACCUCGAUGUACGUGAAGGAGGCGGACAGGAGCUUCGGUCGUCUUUGGGCCAUGUCCGAGAGAUCCGGGCCACACUAGCUGUGGAAAGUGGUGACUUUUGGGGCAAUACCUGGUAUCUCUCACUCAUUGGUAUACAUUUUCCAGAGACUGGCGGUAUCAUCCUGAGUACUACUAGCGAGAAAUUCGGGGGCCUCCUCACAUUGCCGCAUCUUAGUCUCUCAUCUGAUGCAUACAAACUCACUCAUGAGCUUCUCAUUAAAUCAUUAUCGGAUGCCAUUUCUGAGAAGCAGAACAGGCCUCCUACCCUUUUCCCCUGGUCCUCCUUGGCGGGCAGUGAGCAUAUGGAGUUUCCUGCGCCGAGAUGUGAACACAUCGUUUACCUGCAGCAGCACCCACUCGCAAUCCAUGGCUAUCUAGCCGACAAGGCAGUGAUUGAGCAGAUAGAGCAGGAGCUGAGAUAUCCCAUUGGGGCUCCAAUCCCAUCACCUCCUUUGAUGGUCAUGUCAGCCGUGGUGUUCUCUCCUGAUUGCGGUUACAUCCUAGAAACCAAGGGCGCGCCCGAGUUCCCACCCACGGAGACAUUGUAUCUGUCAGGCCCAAAGAUAGAGGAAUUCGCCAAGUACUCAGCUCGCAUGAUCUUUGUCAUGUCGGCCGUCUCCGUUGCUCAAAUCGCAUUGCUAUUAAGGCAAGUGAAGGAAGCCUCGACGCCUUCCACCCGGAGUCGUAUCAGCUUCUACACGAUGGCCCUAAUGGCCUUCGGAGAUUCUUUUGUCCUCGUCUUCAUUCUUUUGGAGUUAUACCCGGUGGUAUCGUUCCUGGUCAUGACGACCGCGUCCUUCCUGACCUUCUUGUCGGUCAGUUACAUCGGGAUGAAGUUCAUGAUGGAAAUUUAUGCCAUUCAAGCUCCGGAACGACGGGAACAGGAGCGGCGGGCCCCCACAAACGCCCGCCCGGCAAAUCUGCCACUUCCUGCGACGGCUGCCCAGGUCAGAGAUUCGGGCGCAACCCCUGUCAUAUUGCCUCCAGAUCAGGAUGCUCCGGAUGAAGACGCACCACCCGCCAAUCGCGGCACUGCACAGACAGCGCGGGACGCUCGAAGUGAUUUGGGGACCAUGUAUGCACGGUUUUACUUCAUCCUCUUCGUGAUGCUUAUCAUAUCUAUCUGGGCCUUCCUUUGGCCGAACCGACUCGGAGCUAUUUAUGCUCGAGUACUCGGGUUCAUCUAUCUUUCUUUCUGGACGCCUCAGAUCUACCGCAAUGUCAUGCGCAACUGCCGCAAAGCACUGCGGUGGGACUUUGUGGUCGGCCAGAGCUGUCUCCGACUAUUCCCGUUCCUCUACUUCCUUACCGCCCGUGGCAACGUGCUUUUCAUCCGACCCGACGCAACGACGGCUCUCUCUCUGAUCGGCUGGGUCUGGAUCCAAGUCUGGAUCCUUGGGAGCCAGGACAUUCUCGGUCCGCGCUUCUUCGUUCCCCGCGGAUGGGCGCCUCCUGCGUACGAUUACCACCCGACCCUGCGUGAUAAUGUCGGGUCGGGCGACGAUCUGGAGUCCGGGGGUGUGCUCCCGAUCGGGGCGCUGCGGGCCGACGAACGCGAAUACCCCAGCGAAUCGAAGGACGACGACAAACAUCGCUCGAGAGACCGAAAGAAGGCGGUGUUCGACUGCGCCAUCUGUAUGCAGGAGAUCGAGGUGCCCGUUCUCACGUCCGGUGGGGCGGGCAUGGCCGACGGAGCGUCGAGCAUUCUCAGCCGGCGCACGUACAUGGUCACGCCCUGCCGGCAUAUUUUCCAUAGUACUUGUCUGGAGAGCUGGAUGCGGCUCCGACUCCAGUGUCCUAUUUGCCGCGAAUCCAUUCCCCCGGUGUAAAGUGUAUGUUAGCGUCCGCAGCGUUUGUGUCGAUAGCCACGUAUUAUAGACGCCCCGACAGUGUUAGCAAUGCAACUAGCUUAUGUUUAG